AUGGCCUACCUGGAAGUAAAAGGCGUGCUACAUCUGGACUUGAUGUGUAGCAGCAUCCUGGUCGGAGACAACUUCCUUUGCAAAAUCUUCCAAUUUGGAUUUGCCAUCCAGAAAAAGGUCUGA